AUGAAGGCUGGCAGAAGAUUCUCUUCGCUGGUUGUCUUGGUGGGUUUCGGCACCGGUUCCGGCUUCUCUGAGGUGAUGGGCUCUGGUUUCGCACUUGACUUGGUUGGAUCGGGUUUCUUCGUUGUCGUUGUAACAGUCUUAGUCUUCGUCGUCGGCUGCGGAACAACUGGUAUAGCUGAGAGGCUUGAGAGCAGGACAGUGAGCGUAACAAGCUGCAUGAUGCGUAAUGAAAUCGUGGAUGUUGAGGACGGAGGCUGGUCUUGA